UCUAUACAUUCUGGCAGUUCCGAGCGGCGGAGCUCACCAUAGAUAUAUAUAAAAUAUAUCUAUGGAGCUCACUAUUGUUUUGGAAUUCGACUGAAUUUUCUGAUAGACGAUUCAUCGGUGGAACACUAAGAUCCUCUACAACCUUCUCCGGCAAGCUGCUUGAUCUACGAGUAGCACGAUGGGAACUGGGUCCAGCUGUUUACCUCCUCACAGUUUGCUUCAAAAGAGGAAAGUCACGCUGUUAUUGGUUGGACUUGACGGCGCGGGAAAGACGUCAUUAGUCCAAAUUAUAACAGGUCGCACACCAGCAGAGCUGCCUUCUGCUGGAGUGUCUGAGGCAGAGCUGACUCUGGCAGGCUACAAGGUGACCCUGCUGGACCUGCCUGGGUCUGCUGGUCUCAGGACCCUCUGGACAGAUGCUUAUUACAGGUGCCAUGGCCUGGUGUUUGUGGUGGACUCUGUCGAUUAUAGUCGGUUGAUGGAGAACAGAACUGUCUUCAGGGACACGCUCACACACCCUAGUGUGACUGGGAAGUCUGUUCUCCUGCUGUUGAACAAGCAGGACCACCACAGGGCUUUCAGCAUGAAGAGACUGGAACAGAGUCUCGCAGUAGGCAGUAUUGUCAAACGAUCUGACUGCGAGUGCACAGUAGUAAAGUGUUCUUCUAAGCCUGACUGUAACAAGUUACUGGGUAAGGAGGCCAUCCGAUGUGGACUGCGCGCUCUGUUGAGACAGGUCUCUCCAGAUUACCAGGUCCUUUGUGAACGUGUUCAGGAGGACACAGAGAACAUCAGGGCCAUAGAUGAGGAGAUGAGGAGAGGGUCAGAGAGACAUCUGAAGAUUGAAGAAGAGACAGUGAGAAAAGGAGACAUGAGCAGAGGAUCCAGCCUAACUCAGGCCAAGAAGAGCCAGAUUCUGGAGCCCAUUCAGGGUCAGAUGUCGACCCCUGUUAAAACCCAAAGGUCAAAGGCUUUUGAGUUUGAACAAGUCUCACUUCCUGGGACUCCGAUCGAGGACAAAGUCAUUGUCAACAGUUGUCCGAUCAUCAGACACACGACUAUUGACACGGGAGACGACGACCUUCCGGAGGAGUCCAUUGACGAAAGCAGUGAGUCCAUAAGUCAGGUGUUAGACUCACUCCUGGGCAGUGUGAAGUCAGACCAUCAUCUGCUAGCCUCCUCAAAUCCCUGGCUCGACCCAGCCAGGCUCGGAGACUUGUCCAGAAACCUGCUGGACCAGCUGGACGCCCUCCUGACCGCACACACCGAGCUACUGCAGCGGAGGAGGUGCUCAGAGACAGUGCUCAUUGAGCACCAUGGUAACCAUGGUAGACUCCCUCAGCAAGAGACAGCCGUCCCCUCUGAGUCAGUGAGACGCCUGGUCCUCCCCUUACUGCAGGACCCCGUCUGCAGCCUCACACCCUCCAGCUGCUCCUCCCAGGAUUCCUCGGAGAUGUUCCAGCAGGCCGUGAGUCUGCUCUCCACCGUCAUGGUGGACCAGGUGAUUGAAAACCUGUCUGGGAGCUCCCAGUCCUCCAACACAGGUCUGGGAGUCCGGGAGUCUGUUUCCUCCACAGAGGGACAGGAAGUGAGCGCUCUCUGUCAGUCCUCCACACCGGGACAGGAACAGGAAGUGAGCGCUCUCUGUCAGGUGGAGAAGAAGAAGUUCUCCCUUUUCAAGAAGCUUCUUUUCAGUUUCAAGAAAUCCAAGAAGAAGAAUGACAAGGCAGCCCAACCUGAUGACGCACAGACAGGACCUGCUUCUGGUGCCCAGCAGCCUGAUGCCCAGCAUCUGGUGCCCGGCAGUCUGGUGCCCAGCAGUCUGGUGCCCGGCAGUCUGGUGCCCGGCAGUCUGGUGCCCAGCAGCCUGGUGCCCAGCAGCCUGGUGCCCAGCAGCCUGGUGCCCGGCAGUCUGAUGCCCAGCAGCCUGGUGCCCGGCAGCCUGAUGCCCAGCAGUCUGGUGCCCAGCAGCCUGGUGCACAGCAUUCUGGUGCCCAGCAUUCUGGCAGCCCUGGCUUGGUAA